UACGUCAUAUACUGUCAUCUUUAUGUGGCAACACAAUAGCAGAGAGACGCAGUGUCUCGCCUACGUCAUAUACUGUCAUCUUUAUGUGGCAGUACAAUAGCAACACCAUCUGCAGUGAUGGAAAAUAGAAACUGAUAUAUAUUUCUGUAGUUAUGGGUUUGUACUGGCCACAAUAGCAUAUUCACAAUUUUUCGAGAGUGGAGUUUUUGUUUAUAAAUAUGGUAACAUUGACUGGGGCUUCAGAUGUUAACUCUUGUCAGCUGACUGGCAUGCUUGUCACGUGAUAUUGCUGAGUUUGGGAGGUUGCAGGCAAAUGAUGGCUAUGUGUUGUGGGAGAUGUACUCGGUGCUGCAGGGAUGCUGACAGCAGAACGCCGGAGGAACUGACUAUCCUGGGAGAGACACAUGAGGAAGAAGAAGAGAUCCUUCCAAGAAAAGAUUAUGAGAGUCUGGACUAUGAUCGCUGCUGUAAUGAUCCCUAUGUCGAAGUGCUGGAGAGCCUGGACAACAAGAAGGCUGAGAGGUAUGAAAUCGUUAAGUGGAUUGUAGUUUUUGCCAUUGGUGUCUGCACUGGUCUGGUGGGUCUGUUUGUUGACUUCUUUGUCCGCCUGUUCUCUCAGCUGAAGUUCAAGGUGGUGGGAAGAUCUGUAGAAGAGUGCAGUGAGAGAGGAUGCCUCGCUUUGUCUCUUCUGGAACUUUUGGGGUUCAACCUGACCUUUGUCUUUCUGGCCAGUAUCCUUGUUUUAAUUCAGCCUAUUGCAACAGGAUCUGGAAUUCCUGAAAUCAAGUGUUACCUUAAUGGUGUUAAGGUACCUGGAGUAGUGCGGCUAAACACAUUAGUGUGUAAAGCGGUUGGAGUGCUCUUCAGUGUGGCAGGAGGUCUUUUUGUUGGAAAAGAAGGUCCCAUGAUUCAUAGUGGUGCUGUUGUGGGAGCUGGCCUGCCACAGUUCCAGAGCAUCACGUUUCAGAAGAUUCGGUUUAACUUUCCAUAUUUUCGGAGUGACAGGGAUAAGAGGGACUUUGUGUCUGCUGGUGCAGCAGCUGGGGUCGCAGCUGCCUUUGGGGCCCCAAUCGGUGGUACACUCUUCAGUCUGGAAGAAGGAUCAUCUUUCUGGAAUCAGGCACUUACAUGGAAAGUGCUAUUUUGCUCUAUGUCAGCUACUUUCACAUUGAACUUUUUUCGCUCUGGAAUCCAGUAUGGAAGUUGGGGCUCUUUCCAGCUCCCUGGACUACUGAACUUUGGAGAAUUUAAGUGCCCAGGUGAUGAUAAGAAGUGCCAUCUGUGGACAGCUGUGGAUCUGGCAUUCUUUGUGGUCAUGGGAGUAGUUGGUGGGCUGAUGGGAGCCAUGUUCAACUGUCUGAAUAAGAGAUUAUCUAAGUACCGCAUGAGGAAUGUUCACCCCAAACCAAAACUUGUCAGAGUGUUAGAGAGCCUUCUUGUUUCCAUGGUAACCACUAUUACCAUAUUUGUUGCAUCUAUGGUUUUGGGUGAAUGCAGAAAACUGACUUCCCCCACUCAGACUGAGAACGUAACCCUUUUGCCAUCAGUGUCUGAGGAUAUCAACUCAAGCACCAAGACCUUUUUUUGUUCCAACAACACGUACAAUGAUAUGGCAACACUGUUGUUUAAUCCCCAGGAGGUUGCUAUUUUACAGCUGUUUCAUCAAGAUGGUACCUUCAGCCCUGUCACACUGUCAUUGUUCUUUGUCCUCUAUUUCUUCCUUUCUUGUUGGACAUACGGCAUCUCUGUCCCCAGUGGCUUAUUUGUCCCAUGUUUGCUUUGUGGUGCUGCUUAUGGCCGGUUGGUGGGCAACAUCCUCAAAAGUUACAUUGGUUUAGGCCAUAUCUACACUGGAACCUUUGCUCUGAUUGGUGCAGCAGCAUUCCUAGGGGGCGUAGUCCGCAUGACAAUCAGCCUGACGGUUAUUCUAAUUGAGUCAACUAACGAAAUCACAUAUGGUCUUCCAAUUAUGAUCACGCUGAUGGUUGCUAAGUGGACAGGUGACUUCUUUAAUAAAGGCAUUUACGACAUACAUAUUGAUCUGCGGGGUGUUCCACUGCUGGAAUGGGAGACAGAGGUGGAAAUGGACAAGUUACAUGCAAGUGACAUCAUGGAGCCAAACCUCACAUAUGUUUACCCUCACACUCGCAUUCAGUCCUUGGUUAGCAUUCUGAGGACAACAGCCCACCAUGCGUUUCCAGUAGUAACAGAGAAUCGGGGGAACGAGCGAGAAUUUAUGAAGGGGAACCUACUUAUCAGCAACAACAUCAAGUUCAAGAAAUCUAGUAUCCUGACAAGAGCAGGUGAACAGAGGAAGAGGAGCCAAUCCAUGAAAUCAUACCCCUCAAGUGAGUUACGCAAUGUGUGUGAUGAACCAAUUAAUGGAGAUAUAGUUGACGAGGAUGGAGAGGACCUGCUACAGCAGAUGCUGGAAAGAAGACAUGCUCCAUAUCCUAACCUAUAUCCAGACCAGUCUCCAAGUGAAGAUUGGACCAUGGAGGAGCGCUUCCGGCCUUUGACAUUUCAUGGCAUGAUACUCCGUUCUCAGAUGGUUACUUUGCUUAUUCGAGGAGUCUGUUAUUCGGAAGCCCAAUCGAACAGUAGCCAGCCUCGACUUUCCUAUGAGGAGAUGACUGAAGAUUACCCACGAUACCCUGACAUUCAUGAUCUGGACUUGACUCUGUUGAACCCACGCAUGAUAGUGGAUGUUGCACCUUACAUGAACCCUUGUCCAUAUACAGUUUCUCCAAAUACUCCUGUAUCUCAUGUUUUUAAUCUGUUUCGCACUAUGGGACUGAGACAUUUACCUGUCGUCAAUGCUGUGGGUGAGAUCGUGGGAAUCAUUACUCGGCACAAUCUUACACAUGAAUUUCUACACGCACAGCUGCGACAACACUAUAGGACCAUGUAAUUGUUCAGCUAAUACUGUGACCUGGCUCUGCAGUUAAGACAGCAUUAUAGAUGAGGCCCCAAGACACAUAGAAAUUUGCUGAUUAUUUAAAAGCGGAAAGAGAUUUGAAUGUGAAGACUUGAUUUUUUUCGUGAAAACUGAGCUAUUAAGAUCACAGUCUUGUUUUGAAAGAACUGAACAAAGGGGUUGUAUACAAAGACCCAUCUCUGGUGAACUAGUUGAGUUACCUCAAACUUCUGAGAGGUGUAAUUUUGUAUGAGCCCAGCAUUUAAUUUAGUUUGCUCAUCAUUUAACUGAAACAUUCCAUCAGCUGCUUGCAGCUGACACAGUUGCCAAAGGGACAGUGUAAAAUCCAGUAGAAGCUCUGUAUGUCUCAGAAAGAUGGAGGUUUUUUUGUGUAUUUUUUAUGCAAAACUGCAUUUUUUGCAGAAAAGAGAGGAAAACGGAUUUGGUGGUAAACUGUCCCAUUUAAAUGUUAUGCAUGGUACAAGCUGGAUGGUUAUUGUUUAAGUUGCAUGACACAAGUCAACUGACUAGUAACGGCAGACUCUCACUAGCCUCUUAAUUUGCAAUUUUGGGAUCAAAAACUGGAUUCAUGUUUGCUAUACGUUUUGGUUCUGUUUGUGUUGCAAGCUGCAGUUAGGACAAGUACAAUUUGAGACCAAGAACAGCUAUGCUUACAGAGAGGGCAGAUGAUGGCCUUACCUGAUUAUGAAAACACUUUUUUCCUGAUAAUAUUGCUAUUUUAUGUCUCCCUUACCACAAGGGAUUCUGAUGCUGCGUCUGAAUGUUUAUUUUAGUCUUUGCGGUCUACAGAGAAAGAUGGCUAGUGAGGUACCACCCUUUUGUACAGAGGGGCUGUAAUUUGGAAUACAUGAUAGUGUAGUGGCCUGUGCUGCUGAGCUAAUGCAGGAAAUUAUCUCUUUGCAGCACUCGUUACUGUGCAUGUUUAUUUUAAAUGAACACCAAAACACACACCUUGCAGAACAUCAUGGAGGAAUAUAGUGUGUAUCGCACCCAGCUGUUCCUUCAUUAAAAGCAAUGAGUGCUAAAUUUGGCUGUUAAGAUGCCCACUCUUCAGUGGCCCUUAGAUAUAUUAGUAAGUCCUCAGACUACAAUAUAGCGAGUAACAGUUUAUCUCUGCAGCAGCUGUGGAACAUCUGCAGUGGAGCAGCUUCUGCCUCAUGAACUGGACCAUAAUGAUGGAGCACUGCAGUGGAUGGAGGUGUUUCUUUUUUGGAGUCCAGUAAAUGGAUAGCAGGUGCAUAAUUGCAAUGAGAUAGUAAUAGGAAGUGCUUCCAUAGCCUGUUUAGCAGUCUGCUAACUACAUCGGUAAGUUGAUGGCAGUUCACUGGGUUACAUUAGCAGGUAGUGGGAUUUUUGAAUGAUAGCUUUGUUUAAACUGUGAGUGAACACUAGUGUGAAAUAGUGGAUGUACCAUGACUGGGGUGGGAACUCAAUAUCCAGCUAAAAGAGAGUGCCAGCAUACUUCACAAACUCCGCAUACAAGCAGAGUCUCCUAAAAAGCAACAAUAAAGUAUUGACUUUUUAAGUAAGUAUUAAGUAAAAUUAAGUAUUGCCUUUGUGUAAUGGUAAGGAAACUUUUGCAGGCUUAGUUCCAUUAUGUAGUUUUAUACUCUAUUUUAUAUAUAU